CCUACAGACAUGUUUUUUCAGUCCUAUGAACAAAAUCAGAGGCUAAUUGAGUAAUUGAUUUUUUUUCUCUGUGCCAAGCUGACAUGAGUUAUCAUUUGCAGUAUUGCUCGCGCCAACGGGUUGCUAUAGUAUUGCAGCUUGCAGGGAGCGCGCGCCGGCCUUUCGAACCCGGAAUCCCCGGGCCCGCGUUCCAACGGAACCCAGGGCUCUCACUCCGCCUCCGUCUACUGCCAGGGAGGCGAGGACGUGACGGGCGCUGCAAAAAUGCAGGGCCCAGCGCGCAAAUGAGGAAGUUGCCGGUGGAUUGAUGCCGUUGCAUUAAUUGUCAGAAGUGAGUGAAGUGGGGGCGGGGGUGAAAAUAAUAAUAAUAAUAACAACAACAACAACGAGAGCAGCAGCAGAGAUUGUGAAGAGGAGGCCCGGUGGGGUUGUUGUUGGAAGAUGCUGUCCCUGGGCAGGUUGUCUUGGGAGGUCCGGGUCUCCCUGGCGGCCGCCGUUGUGCUUUGCUCCAUGGUUAUUUCCCGGAGUUUCGGCGACUACUUCGACCAGACGACCCUGUUGCAGCUGUUCCGGGUGCAGUUCCUGCUCUUCAUCAACUGCCUCAUGUCAAUCGGUUCGAGGUACAUCUGGAAGAGGGCCGUGUCCAACCUGCAGGCAUCCUCUGCCCACUUCUGCCAUGGCUCCCAGUGUUUCACCAGCUGGAAGGCGGCUGUGUGGCUUUUCCUCCUCCUGGCCCAUUCCAGCUUCUUCUCCCUGCUAGCCCUGGUGUCAGAAGAGCCUCACCUCUUCUCCCUGGUCUCCUACACCUGCCUGGGGAUGUACGUCUUCCUCAUUUUCAGCCUCCUGGUGUUAGGGCUUCUGGAACAGGCCCACAAGCUGCUGCCCUUCAGCCGGGCUGCCCCCUCUCACAGCCGGAAUAUGGCCAAGUUGCUGCUGGCCCUCCUCUUCAGUUUGAGCUGCACUGUUGCGGGCCUUCACAAUGCUAGCCAGCCUCCUCUAAUCAAACAGGUGGAAAUACCUGUCCACAAGCUACCUCAGUCAUUCCAUAAUUUGAGGAUGGUUUUGUUGGCUGACAUUCACCUAGGGCCCACAGUUGGAAGGACCAAACUUGAAACAGUUGUGAAGAUGGUCAAUGGACUCAAUCCAGAUAUCAUUGUGAUUGUUGGUGACCUGUCGGACUCUCAGGUAGUCAACCUCCGAAAAGCCGCGGAACCACUACAACAGCUGAUGCCAAAAUUAGGAACGUACUUUGUUACAGGUAACCAUGACUAUUACAGUGCUGAUAUCGCUAACUGGUUUAAGCACCUAAAGUCCCUAAAAAUUCAGCCACUCCACAAUGAAAAUGUGAAGAUUCACAGUCUCCGUGAGGACAAGGACUGGUUCUGUCUAGCUGGGGUCGAUGAUAUCGAAGCGGAGAUGUUACGGUAUCCUGGACAUGGUAUGGACUUAAAUAAAGCAUUAGAUGGUUGCAGUACUGAAGAUGCUAUUGUGUUGCUGGCACACCAACCGAUAGCAGCUAAACGUGCCUUGCAAAGCAGGCCAGAUAUCAGCCUGAUUCUCUCAGGUCAUACUCAUGCUGGGCAGAUUUUUCCACUGGCGAUUGCAGCUUAUGUUUUGAAUCCAUUUUUUGAAGGUCUUUACAAAGCUGGUGAGAACAGUUUAGUGUAUGUAACUCCUGGGACAAUUUACUACGGGAUUCCAAUGAGACUUGGAAGCAGAGCGGAAAUAACAGAAAUCAUUUUGAAGACCAGAUGACCUGUUCGUUAUGUUGCAGGCCCUCCUUUCGUGAGCCAUGAAUGUUAUACCCAGGUAUAUUUUGGGUAUUGAAUUUGAAGAAUAAGUUAGUAAUCUUCCUGUAUGAUAAUUAAUAAAUCAUCUGAGUUAGUUGCCCUCGAGCAGUUUUUGAACUUUUUGAACUGUACAAUUGUCACUCAGAUUGCCUUAUAACAUUGUAAUUACAAUGUGUGAAUAGGGGUAAGAAACAGCACUACUUAACCAUAUUUACAUUUAUGCCUUUUCAGUCUCCAGGUGAUGUAUGGGUUAUCUGUGUGAUCUCCUCUGAUGAUGAGUUUGGGAUAGAUUGAGCAGGGCUGUGAAUUAUAGUCCACUCUCUACUUGCCCUAUGUCAACUCACCACAACUCAAUAUGUGCCAGAUGCUGGAUCCAAUCCAUGGCAUUGUUCAAAGAUAAAUGUACAGUGUUCAAAGCCCAUUUCAAAAAUGUGUCUGUAACAUGCAUAUCUAUUUUUAUUUUCACUUUGCUGACUUCCAUCAGACUCCAAAUUAUAUAAGAAAAAUUUUGUUCCCUGAUUUUGUACAUUUUUUGUUUAAGUUUGUAAUUUGACACAUUUCCAUAAUUAUAGUUAAUUAAUGUCCUAAAUUACUGAUAAUCUUUUGAAUUCCUUAAAAUGGUGCAAUGUUAACUACUGCAUUGUUUAGCAGUGGGUAUGUAAAUACAGUUCUUCUCGAUGUAAUUUUAAAUAAUUUUUACUUGCCUUUAUACCUCUGAGCAUAUUUCAAUCUUGGAGAAUUGCCUUGCAAUUUAAUCAUAUUGAUAAACAUCCACGCUUCCUGAAAGUUUAAAAACUGUUAAUGCCACUUUUUGAAGAUUUUUGUCAUGCCACUCAUAAUUUUUAUAGAAAGGUAGGCUGUAUAAGAAAAGUGAUUUCAACUGUAGUUGCCCACAGUUAAAUUUUUCUAAUGUAGGUUACUAAAUGCUUACUUCUUUUGACGCCUGUUAAGAGUUUGCAGUUGUCCUCUCUAAUAAAUAGCAGUAAGUCUCUGACAUUCUAGGCAGAAUUACCAGAUUGAAUGUUUUAAAUCCAAACAAAAGCUCUUGGCAUCCACAAGCUGUAGAAAAUUACAUUUUUAAAGAUCUAAUCAAAAAGCAGAAAUACCGUGGGUGCUGAAAAUCUGAGAAGCAACGAGAAAAUUCUGGGAAAAUAAAACUCAGCAAUUUAGGCAGUAUCUAUGUAAAACAUCUAACAGAGUUUACCUUUCAUGUCUGACAUUUCAUCAGAAGGAAUUCAAUUCUGAUAAUUUGAUGUUUUCUUUUAAUAUUCAAAACUUGAAUUAUUCAAUAAUUUGAAUUAUGCAGGUGAAAGUAAGAAAUUAGUGCUGUAAAAAUGAAUGACUAGCCAAUUUUAAGAUGCAUCCUUGAAUUGAGUGAAAAGACAUUUAUUAGUUUUCAACAACUUUAAUUAACUGAAAGAAGAUUAUGGGGGGAGGGUAAACUUAAUUUCAAGAAAAAGAAACCAGGAACUAUGUAAGCUGAAAUAAAACAAAAUGCAGAAAAUCUGCAACACGUGGAAUUGAAAUGAAAAGAUGGGCAAAUAUUUUGGAGAUUGCACCUCUCAUCAGAAGCCUGUUAUAUAUUUCUUGGAAGCGAUACUUUGUUUUUAAACUAACCUUGUUCUUUUUGUUGCUAUGCCAAAUGAUUAGACCAUUAGACUGAAACAUUAGACCAUCUUUUGUGCACCACGUUGAAGGCACGUUAUGCAGAUCUAAUCUAACAUUUAGGCAUAACAAAAUUGUAGCACUGCAGUAUAUUUGUUUAGAAAGACAGUGUUGGAUUUGAUUAGCUGCAAAGGGUUGGUGCUGCACUGUAAAAAUAUAACAGCAAGCCACAACUUACUAACAGAACUUUGGACUUUGUGAUCAUAUCAUCCUGUGGAAUCUUGUCCUUUUUUGUUUAAAGAUUAAUAAAUUUUA